AUGCCUGUCGCCCUUACAAAAGUUCAUAAGCAGAUCUCCAAGAAGCGUGGAGUUAUCAAUGCACUCCAUGAGAAUAGCCGCGACGCCCACCGGCUGCGUAAGGCCGGCGCUCGAGAUGAUCGACUGUCCCGCCAUUCCGCCACUGUGAUGAGAGCCCGUCAGCCAUACAUGGAUCGAAUCGAUUAUAUCUAUGAGACAGUGCAGGAUAUUGAGGAAGCCCUUUCGGACGAGGGUCUGGCUGAAUUUGUCAAGACUUACAUCAACCGUGAUACCCCGGAGAUUGAGCAACUUCAAUCAGAGCGACGCAAAGGACGCCCUGCAAGCAAGCGGGAAGAGGCCUUGAAGGAGCGUGUGCAGGUUGAGGAUCGGGAGUUCACCACCGGUCUCUGGAUGCCCGACCUCAGUGAUUCAUAUGUCUUGACCACAUUGAAGGCCUGGAACCGAGACUGGUCAGGCCUCAGCGCCAUGAAGUUCAUCCGAGUCAAGAAGGACGGAGAAAAGCUGGCUUCAAGCUUCCCUCCCAAUCGCAUGUCAUGA